GCGACGUCUCAUCGGCGGUGUCUCGGGGCUCGUGUGUGUUUGUGUCAAGAGCUGUUGCGAAGAGAGCGGAGUACGUGAGAAAAAGGCUUUGCAUUGCGUGCACGGUGAUCGGAGACGAUCGAAGCUGGUCGCUAGCCGUGUGAAAAGAUCAACAGCGGUGAAAGAAGGUGCCAUCCGUGUGCCGUGUUGCGCACUACGGUGAAGAACACGGUGGUUGUUGUGCCGUGAAAGCAACAAAACACUCUUCUCAACCGCACUACUGUGUGCAUAACUCAUUACCCCGUGGUGUGUGUGUGUCGCGUUUCGAAACAUUUGUGUGUUUUUUGCCAUAAACAGAGAAUCCACUUCGGUGUGCUGUCGAUGUAGUGUUCUGUGUGCGCGUGUGUGUUUGGUUUUGUUCUGAAUUCGUCGCGAGGAGGCCCCCAGAAGCGUUCGCGUUCUCUGACAGGCGGGCGCAAGCGAGAAGCAAGCGAGCAAGCAAACCACCAAGAGCAACGGUGUGUGUUAUUCACCUUUACCCGGAAAACGGUAGCGCAGGGUACGAGCGCCGAGAGCAGGAAAGAAGUGGAGCGCGUGCGGCGCGUGCAAAAGAAUAUUCCCUACGCGUAGUGUAGAAUCGCGCUAUUAUACUCCUUGCAUGUGUGUCCGUCCGUCCGUCUGUGUGUGUCUGUGUUGUGUACGUGCGCGUGUGUUUUUCGUAUUGCGGUUUUUUUUUUGUAAAGCAGCAACAACGCAGCAACAAUAAGUAGCUGUAGUAGGCUGGGAAGAAAAGACGAUGACGAAAGCUCGACGGCUACUGGAGGAGAGCAGCGGCGGAAAAUGAGCUGGUCAUCGGUGGACGGCUGGAAAAGCUACAACCGAGAACGAAUCAUCCGACGACCAUCAAAAGACGACGUCCAACGCAGAUUUAUUCACCAAACGCGCGCGCAGCACCCGCUCUCUAAAUGAUCUCGUGAGGGGUGAAGUGAUCUUGUACUGGGAAGAGACAACUGGAAGCGGUGUGCUGAACGCAGAAUUACGAUCGAUCGAGUGGCUCUAAGUCAUAGACUGUGACAGGAGCAAUUCAAUCUGUUGACGGUGUUUGCUAAAGGGAUCAUAAAGAUAGAGAGCUUAACACGGAACUGGUUGCUCGUGUGUCGCCGCUACCGACGCGCCGUCACGCCACCCCCCAAACGGCAGGAGGAAUGACCAUCGUUAUGGCCGGUCUAUCGACAGCGGAAAUAUGCGAAAACACGAAGCUGGCCCGCGAGAUGGCCGUGAUGGGGAACUACGAUUCGGCCGGCAUCUACUACGAGGGUGUGCUGCAGAUGCUCCGCAAACUGCUGGUCGGUCUCAGCGAGCCACUGCAGAAGGGCAAAUGGUUGAUGAUACAGCAAGAAAUUAACAAAGAGUACAAUCAAAUGAAGCUGAUCCAGAAGACGCUUACCGAGAUUACGAUGGAUCUGCAGAACGCACCGCUGCAGGCCCGCAUCCGCACGCCCCUGCACGAAACGGCCAGCAAAGACCCGGCCGCCUGGUUCCGGGCCGAUCCGGACAUCUGGAUGCCGCCGGCGUCCGGUGGCCGGGGCGGAGGCGGAGGAGGACCGAUCGAUCCGGACGUGUGGGCCCCGGCCCCCGAUAUGCCCCCGCCGGACCAUCGGCGGGCGGUAGCGCCCCGCAACCAGUCACGCUCCAGCACAGCGCUGAACCGCAAGUCGGAGGUGAACCGGCGCAAUGCGGCCACAAAGUCAGCCUCCACCUCGACCGUGGGCGGGCGCAAGACAAUCAGCCAGACGGCACGGGCCGGCGGAACGUCCGGGAUGAAUGGUGCGUCCCGCACCGGCACACUGCCCCGCACGAAGGCGGCGGGUCAGCGCGGCUCGGCAGCACCGGGCGCCAGCGAUGCCACGAACGGCAAUGGCGAGAAGGGCGACAAAGAGAAGCUCGGCGACGACGAGGAGGGCAACAACGGGGGCGAUACGCCCGAGGAGGUGGAGCGCAAGUUCGAACCGGCCAGCCACGCGGACGUCGACCUGGUGGACAUGCUCGAGCGCGACAUACUGCAGAAGAAUCCGAACAUCCACUGGGACGACAUCGCCGACCUGCACGAGGCGAAGCGGCUGCUGGAGGAGGCGGUCGUCCUGCCGAUGUGGAUGCCCGACUACUUCAAGGGCAUCCGGAGGCCGUGGAAGGGCGUGCUGAUGGUGGGCCCGCCCGGCACGGGCAAAACGAUGCUUGCCAAGGCGGUCGCGACCGAGUGCGGCACCACGUUCUUCAACGUGUCCUCCUCGACGCUCACGUCCAAGUAUCGGGGCGAGUCGGAGAAGCUGGUCCGGUUGCUGUUCGAGAUGGCCCGGUUCUACGCGCCGAGCACGAUCUUCAUCGACGAGAUCGAUUCGCUCUGCUCGCGGCGCGGCUCGGAAUCGGAGCACGAGGCGUCGCGCCGCGUCAAGUCCGAGCUGCUGGUGCAGAUGGACGGCGUCAGCAACGACGAGGCGACCAAGAUCGUGAUGGUGCUGGCCGCCACCAACUUCCCGUGGGACAUCGACGAGGCGCUGCGGCGCCGGCUCGAGAAGCGCAUCUACAUCCCGCUGCCGAACAGCGAGGGCCGCGAGGCGCUGCUCAAGAUCAAUCUGCGCGAGGUGAAGGUGGACGAGUCGGUGGACAUGCGCGACAUUGCCGACCGGCUGGACGGGUACUCGGGCGCGGACAUCACGAACGUGUGCCGGGACGCAUCGAUGAUGUCGAUGCGGCGCAAGAUCGCCGGCCUGCGGCCCGAGCAGAUCCGCCAGCUGGCGAAGGAGGAGCUGGAUCUGCCGGUAUCGAAGCAGGACUUCAAAGAGGCCAUUUCCAAGUGCAACAAGAGCGUAUCCAAAGACGAUCUCGCGAAGUACCAGCAGUGGAUGAAGGAGUUUGGCUCGUCGUGAUGGAACGUCGCGGUGCGGUCGGCAAACAGUGGCAGCAGCAGCAGCAGCAGGGCCUGUGUGUGGUACGCUUUUACCUGGACCACGACGAUCAACCCGAGGAUAAAGCUGUUUAUCGUUUUUUAAAUGACUGAGGAUGACUGGGUGGGUGGUAGGCAGGGCUGUACUAAGGCAGUUCAGCGUGAUUUGUGAUCUUUGUAUAGUGAGAAUGAGAGAAGCGAGGGUGAGAGAGAGAGAGCCAGCGUAUCACUUGGGAUCGAAACAUUUGGGACCUUAAAGAGCAAAGGAUUUUUGUGCGACUAUUUGCGCUAAACUUGUCCCACUUCGGUGGCGCAAAUCGGAAGAUUAGCUUCUCGAAUUGCAUCACAUUUUGUUGGGGUUUGGUUUAUAACACAGCCAGGCUGCGCAAUACCCUUAUAUCUCGGGCGCUAUAUCACAAUAGUGCCCUUCCGGCUACUAAACGCUUCUACACAUCGUCAUAUCAACAACAGCACGAGUUACUAAAGAAGAAAAAGUGCUUGCAAAGCUGGGGAAGAGAGAGUCAAGGGGAGUUGAUUUUCGCUCACAUGCUUCUUCUUCUUCUUUUUAAUUGUUAUGUACACACGUGUUUUCCGUUGUGCUGAUGUGAUCCAAACGCCUUGACUGGUUGUGCCUGUUGUCAUCCGUGUACGCGGGGCUGUUUAAACAUCAUUUAUGCUUCAAAGGAGCGUCGCAAAAAUUCUGAAGAGGGUCGGGAGGGAUUCUAGCAGGGAAGGAACAACAAAAUCACACAAGAACUAUUAUUACUACUACUGAAUUGAUGAAGGAGAAAGCCGCCCUGUUAGCGACGGAGGGGGCAAGAACUGCUGAGUGGCGUUAUAGCGAGCGUUUACUUUCUGUUUUCUUUUAUUUUUAAUUUUACUACUACAAUUAAACGAAUCAUAAUACCUAGCGAUUAGGAGCGAUAAGAUGUAAUAAACACAUUUGAGUAACAUUUUAUAGAAAAUGACAAAAUAAAAACGAGCAUGUUUCA